GCUAACUGAUAAGAGAACUAGUUUAUAUUCGUAUAUAUAUAUAUAUAUAUAUAUUUUUUUUAACCUUCUCGUAACCGCUAAACGAACAGACUAUCUUUUCUACCCGUUUCCGGUACCACGUGUUUUCAUGCUUCGUUUUAUCGGAAAACGAGGUUUCUUAGAGUUUGUCCAGUAAGCUAACGGUUAAAACUAACUUGCACAGUCGAACCACUCGUGGUCUGCGGUGUCCAUUUGGAUUUCCAUAGUUUAAAACGUAUAGCUUUGUUCUGUUAAUGUACGGAGGCAUGGAUAAAUAGUUGUUGCCGGCUUGGCUGACAGUCAUGUACACAAGGUUAAAGCUAGCUUUAGCCUGCUCCCCACUUGAUUUACUUUGUCACGCGGAUUGAUGUAGGCAGGUGUGCUUUAAUAACUAGCCAAGUGAAGUGAAACAUUAGGGAAGUUUUUGUUCCUCUGCGUGUGUUAAGUGAGUUGUGAGGUGGCAAACAUGCUGCUCUCCCUCAUUGUGCACACUUAUUCGCUGCGAUACUGGUUUCCGGCCACCGUCAUGUUGGGGACUGCUCCGGUUUACCUGCUCUCGUGGGGUGCCUGGCGCUUCCUUUCCACUCUUUUACCUGCCAGACUGUACCACACGUUAGACGACGGGCUGUACUGCGUCUACCAGAGCAUGGUCCUCUUCUUCUUUGAGAACUACACGGGAGUGGAGAUCAUCAUAUACGGAGAUAUACCAAAAAACAAAGAGAAUGUAAUCUAUCUGUCCAACCAUCAGUGUACAGUGGACUGGAUCAUUGCUGACAUGUUGGCGAUAAGACAGUGUGCCCUUGGUCACGUCAGAUAUGUUCUUAAAGAUGGACUCAAGUGGCUUCCACUCUACGGAUGGUAUUUCUCUCAGCACGGUGGGAUCUAUGUGAAACGAAGUGCCAGGUUUAAUGAAGAGGCCAUGAAGAAGAAGCUUGUCUCUCAGAAUCAGUCAGGAGCACCAAUGUACCUCGUCAUCUUCCCGGAAGGAACACGCUAUAAUCCCGAGCUCAAGAAUGUUAUUGCCAACAGUCAGGCUUUUGCUAUGAAAAAAGGGCUGGCUGUCCUGAGACACACACUGACGCCCCGAAUGAAAGCAUCUCAUAUUGCCCUUGAGACCAUGAGCGGCCACUUGGAUGCAGUGUACGACAUCACUGUUGCCUACCAGGGAACACUCGGCGCAGACCGCCAAAGAAAACCAGCGCCUUCGAUGCCGGAAUUCCUGUGUAAAGAAUGUCCGAGAGUCCACAUCCACUUUGAGCGCGUGGAUGUCAAGGAAAUUCCUCUCGAGCCGCUCUUCUUCCGUAGGUGGUUGCACGAGCGCUUUGAAAUCAAGGACCGGCUGCUGGCGCAUUUCUACGAGCGAGACCAUGGAGACAAACUAUGCAGCUUCCCCGGGGAGGGCAGACGUUCUCACCUGGGGCUCUCCAAAACCCUCCCGGCUGUGCUCGUCUUGGGGGGCCUAACUCUGCCUCUGCUGCUGACAGACACCGGCAGGAAGAUAUACUGGAGAACCUGGGUGUACGGGACCCUUCUAGGUUGGCUCUGGGUCAAUACACUUCCUUAACACAUGCCUGAGAAUGCACAAAAGUGGUGCCAUGUUUCAGUAUUCGCACACAGGUUGCGUUCCAGAAGCAGAAUUCUGUAGUACAUACAGUACAAAUACCCAGUUGGCGCAAACAUCCACACCGCACGUGGCUUACUGUGCUAAAGCCAUACAAAGAAUUAAUCGUGUUGUGCUACGAUUUGUUUCCGGGAAUUAUCAGGCUUUGGGAAACAACUGUGGAUUUGUUCAAAAGAAAUUGGAUGAAAUUCAACAGUCAAGCUAAAAAUAGUUGCAUAACCAACCCACCACCUCUCCUACCCACUUCGCUCUCAUCAGCCAAACGUGUAUCCUCUUAUGCUCCUUAUUGUUCUAGCAGACAUUAACCAAUUUCUACCCUUGACAUUUAUCUUUGGUACAGCAGGCAAACUGAAGUCUUUGUUAAAACUAAUAUGAUUCAUGUAGUUCAUGAACUGUGUUUCAGUAUUCUAUAUGCAAAUUGCCAUGCCACUCAUUGUGCACUGAGUUCAUUCUGCUCCUAAUUUUGUUGACCAUCCUGACACAACAGUGGAACCUUUUAAAGUACAAAAUUAUCUCCUUUUGACAAUGGUCAAACUACAAGAUGUAGUAAUUUCCAAACAAUUACUGGCCUUUAAGAAAAAAUGUAAAGUGAGUUUCUUCAUUCAAGACUUGCCAUCAUCAAACAUUUAAUUAUCGUAAGUUACUCAAUAGUCACAAGUAUAUGGAAUUACUAUAUACAGUAAUAGAAAAAAGAAAAACAUGUUUUGAAAAAUGGAGUGGAAAUAGUUUGUAUAGGUUUUUGAAUAAUCUUCCCUGUAAAAUUAAUUAGUCUUCAUGAUUAGUUUUUUCCAGGUACUUGGCUUCCUAACACAGUCCAUAAAAUGCAUUGUAGGGUCACUGACGACUAUAAAUUGUCCAUAUUUGUCAAUGUGACGAGAUGAUUGUCUAUAUGAGUCCUCCGAUUGACUGGCGACCAGUCGAGGGUUUACCCUGCCUUUGACUACCAGACCAGUUGUGAGUAUGACAUUAGGGGGUUCUACUUUGGGGUUCCACUGCGCAUUCCAAUGACUUGGUGUGCAACAAAUGCAACAUAAUUGCAGUUUAUGACUGCAGAGGGUUUUAUACACUUGCCCUGCUGCACUUUUUGCCGUGUACUGUAUGAAUAUUCGGCUUGAAAUAGUCAAAGUGAAUGUAGCUGUUUAGAGGAAAGAAAAAAAUAUAUAUAUUAUGUUGUGUGAUGACAAGUAAGAGCAUUCUGAGAGAAAUCUUUGAAUGGAUGCCAGCACUUAAAUUGUUCCACUAUAGGAGUAUAGGAGUUGCAGAACAAUAGCCCAGUGGGUCAUAUGCAAACCGCAAGAACAUUUGGCCCACCAUGCAAAGAAAAAAAAAAAAUAUUAAAGCUACCUGGCCCUGUGUGUGUGUGUAUAUAUGGGGGCGGCUGGUAACCCAAUCCUGUUCAAUAAAAAAAACAUUUAAAUAGAACCUGUCUCUCAUAAUGAAGUUGACUAAUAGAUCUUAACGAGCUGCAACAAAUUACCACAAUCCAAAUAAUUUAAACAACAAACGAGAAAUAAAUUGCCAUCGUUCCGUCUGGAAAGGGUUAAUUAGCACACAGAGCAAUGUAGCAUUGAGUAUUUUUUUCCCUUAAUAAAUAAAAUCACUCAUAGUUUUUACUUAGAUUAUCUUUGUCUGAAAUAUACACUUUUAUUUUAAACGUUAAAAUGGGGAAACAUUGCAAUAUACAGUAAUUAUGGGAAGUAUGUAGACAACCUUUUAAGUUUUUCCCCUUUAUAUUGCACUCGUUUACUAAAAUAGUUUUUUCCCCCCUCAAUGUACACACAACACCCCAUAUUGACAGAAAAAAAUUGAAUUGUUCAAGUUUUUAAUGACUAAAAAAGAAGGGCUGAAAUAUCACACAGCCAUAAGUGUUCAGACCCUUUUCUCAGUAUUUAGUAGAAGCAUCCUUUUGAGCUAAUAAAGCCAUGAGUCCUUUGGAGAAGUAUGCAAAAAGUUUUUCACACUUGGAUUUGGGAACACUUUGCCAUUCCUCCUCGCAUUUCCUCUCCAGUUCUGUCAGAUUGGAUGGUAAAUGUUGGGGGACAGCUAUUUUCAAGUCUCUCCAGGGAUCCUCAAUGGGGUUUAACUCAGGGCUCUGGCUAGGCCAUUCAAGAAGAGCCACGGACUUGUUCUGGAUCCACUCCUUUGUCAUUUUUAACUGUGUGCUAAGGGCCAUUGUCUUGUUGGAAGGUGACAUUCGGCCCGGUCUGAAGUGCUGAUCACUGGAGAAAGUUUGUCCAGGAUAUCCCUGCACUUGGCCGCAUUCAUUUUCUCUCGAUUGCAAUCAGUCGUCCUGUCUUUCUUUGGGUUCUUCUUUACCUCUCUCAACUAGGCUCUUUUCCCCUGAUUGCACAAUUUGGCCAGACGGCUAGCUCUAGGAAGGGUUCUGGUCGUUCCAAACGUCCUCCAUUUAAGGGUUAUAGUGGUCACUGUGCUUUUAGGAACCUUAAGUGCAACAGUUUUUAUUUUUUUGUUCAUUGGCCAGAUGAUAUAAUCAAACCGUUGGACGCGAAUGAAGAUGUCGAAACAUCUCAAGGAUGAUCAGAAGAAAUGGAUAGUAAAUUAGUGUCCCAGCAAAAAGUCUGGAUAAUUAUGGCCAUGUGAUAUUUCAGCUUUUCUUUUUUAAUAAGUGUGCACAAAUUUCAACAAUUCUUGUUUUCUGUUAAUAUGGGGUGCUUGUGUGUACAUGGGAAAAAUUAGCUUAAAUGAUUUUAGCAAAUGGCUGCAAUAUGUCAGUGAAAAAUUUUAAGGGGCUCUGAAUACUUUCUGUACCUUCUGUGUGUGUGUGUGUGUGUGUGUGUGUGUGUG